AUGCUCAAUCGUCUCAAUCUACUUACGCGCCAUUUCGCUCGCCCAUUUUAUACUCGUCCAUCCGCCCCAACUCUCUCAUCUCCAUUGGCAGGUCCGUUCGCGAUGACAUCAGCCGCGCACGCGAAGCCCAUUCACACGGCUGCAUGCCUGAUUAUCGGCGAUGAGGUUCUUGGUGGAAAGACCAUCGACACCAACUCCCCCUUCCUAGCCAAGUUCUGCUUCUCGCUCGGCAUCCAGCUGAAGCGUGUAGAGGUCAUCCCCGACGAUGAGGAGGACAUCAUGGAAGCGGUUCACCGCAUGAGCUCCCGCUACGAUUUCGUCGUCACCAGCGGCGGCAUUGGACCAACACACGACGAUAUCACCUACUCAUCAAUCGCCAAAGCAUUCAACCUAAAGCUGCAACUCCACGAACCGGCCUUCGAGCGCAUGAAGCGCCUCUCCAAGCCCCACCCCAUGCAACCAAACUUCGACUGGGAAACGCCGUCCCCAGGCCUGAACGCGAAACUGCGCAUGGUCGAGCUCCCCUUCGACCCCAAGAUCCCCGCUGAGCAGCAGGCCGUCUUCGUCGCAGAUGACAUGUGGGUUCCCGUCGCCGUUGUCAAUGGCAACGUGCACAUCCUCCCUGGUGUGCCGCGGCUGUUUGAGCGGUUACUGCAGAACCUGAAGCCGUCGCUUAUUCCGAGAUUGUCGGAUCCGGAGGGUAAGGGGACUCAUCGGGUUAUGAUUAGUACGCCGCUGCCGGAGAGCGCGGUUGCGCCGUACCUGACUGAGCUUGCGGCGAAGGUGGAGUCUCGCGGCGUGAAGGUUGGAAGUUAUCCGCGCUGGGGUAAGAAGCGGAAUACCGUUACCCUUGUUGGGGCGGAUAAGGAGUUCUUGGAGUCGCUUAUCCGGGAGGUUGAGGAGGGCGUGCAGGGAAAGCUGGUGUCGAAGGAGGAUGAGCUGGAUGUUCCUACUGACGAGGAUAAAGUUUACAGCCAGUAG